AUGCGCGCUUCUCAGGUCUCCUACUCGGGCAUGCCCACGGGCAAGAAAUACAUGGGCUGGUGGGGCGACAUGGGCGGUCCAACCCAACGCGGCAUCGUCAGCUACUCGGUCUCGCCCUUCCAGCAGAACGCGAUGCGCGGCGCGCUCCACUCGUACCUCUUCUACGGCUUCAAGCGCAUCAUGCAGCAGGCCCCCUACUUUGCCUUGCCCUUCGGCGUCGGUUACGGCUUGAUCGCCUGGGCUAAGGGCAAGAACGCCUACUACAACUCCAAAGCCGGCCACCUCGAACACGGUCACGACGAGUAA